UGGACAUGGCAGAGGACAUUCUUGUGGAUGUGGACAAUAGUGAAGAAGGCAGGUCUUACUGGGACCAAGGUGACAAAAUAUCUACCAGUAAGAUAUUCAACAAAAUGGGCAUAGGCAGACAUAGCAAGAAAGGAUUCAAGCUGGCUACAGCGUGUUUGGGGGUGCUGUGUGUGAUUCUACUUAUUGUCAUCAUAUCACACAAAUCACACAAUAACUGCAAUAACGACAACAGUGAUGGGACAUUUCAACGACUAACAGCUGACAACAAUGUGACCCACAACACAGUCCAGUCAGAGACGAUUUACAGCAACCUGAAUAAACAGAUGAACCUCUUGCUGACCAGUCACAACAUUUUGAUUCAAGAGAAGUCCCUAAUACUGACCCGUUACAACAACUUGACUGAUGACAGAAACCUCUUACAGAUAAGUUACAACGAUCUAAUCUUACAGAAGUCACAAUUAAAUAGCAACUAUACCAAUCUGAGCAGAGAGAAGUCUGAUUUGCAAACUAGCAACGCCAUGCUGUCUGAUGAGAAAGCCCAGCUACAGGCCAGUUACAACAACUUGACCAGAGAGAGAGAUAAUCUUCAGACGCUGCUUACCAAAUUAGAUUCAAGACUUGCAGAUGGAUGGAUUGCCAGAAAACCAAGUCUCUACAAAGUCAGCAGUGAGAAGAGAUCCUGGCAGGAGAGCAGAGACAGCUGUUUAAACAUGGGGGCAGACCUGAUCGUUGUGAAUGACAUAGAGGAGCAGAAAUUCCUAUUACCAUAUAAGAAUGUCUGGAUUGGACUUUCAGAUACUGACAACGAGGGUGUCUGGAAAUGGGUAGACGGCACACCACUGACCAUAAAGUACUGGGCACCUGGUGAACCUAACAAUGCAGGGAAUGAAGACUGUGCAGAAAUCUCCUCAAAUGCUGCCAACCCUAUGAAAGCUUGGAAUGAUGUCCCAUGUUAUAGUUCAUUUCAAUACAUUUGUGAGGACCAUUUCUUCAGUCAAUCAAAGGGAUACAAAAUGGAGAUGACUGAGGCAAUUGUUGAGAAAAUUGAUGAUGAAGAAAACAACAAAGAUUUUGAAAUACACACCAGUAAGACUUUCAACAAGAUGAGCAUAUCCAGUAUUAGUAAAGAAGGAUCCUACAAGCUGGCUACAGUGUGUUUGGCGGUGAUGUGUGUGAUUCUACUUGUUGCCAUCAUAUUAUUCAAAUCACACAGCAGCAACAACACGAGCGAUGGGACAUUUCAACAACAGACUCUCGACAACUUGACCCAUGAGAUAGUCCAGUUACAGUCCCGUUACAAUAAUCUGACCAGAGACAGAGACCUCAUACAGACACUUUACAACAACCUGACCCUUCAAAAGUCACAGUUAGAGGACACAUUUAACAACAUGACCAAAGAAAAAGAAAUCUUACAGAACAUUUACGGCCACUUGAACACUGAGAAAUCUCAGUUACAGAGCAGUUACAACAACUUGACUAGAGAAAGAGAUGAGCUGCAGAGCCUACGUGACAAAUUAGUGUCACGGCGCAUCAUGGAUAAAUGGAUUCGCAGAAAAACAAGCCUCUAUAAAAUCAGUGUUGCAAAGAAAUCCUGGAGUGAAAGCAGACAAAUUUGUUUAAAAAUGGGGGCAGAUCUAGUGAUUGUGAACGAUGAAGAUGAGCAGCAAUUCCUAGCAUCUUACAAGAAUCACUGGAUUGGUCUUUCGGAUACUGAAGAGGAGGGUGUAUGGAAAUGGGUGGAUGGCACCGUGCUGACAAACCCCUACUGGGCACCUGGUGAACCUAAUGAUGUAGAUGACGCGGAUGAAGAGGAUGGUGAAGACUGUGCAGAAAUCUCCUCAGAUGCUACAGAGUUUUCAAAAGCUUGGAAUGACAUGCUGUGCUCAACUAGAUUUCAAUAUAUUUGUGAGGACCAUAUUUGAGCAUUUCUAUUAAUAUCCUCUGAAUCAAUUCUCUUCCUGCCUGUAUGUGCAUUAUAGAAAUGUCUAUUGCAAAACACCAUGGGAAAUAGUCACCCGCAUCCCUCUUGCAAUGUUAAAUUUAAUCUUUACAUUUUUAAUCUGGGUCCGGGAUCUCCAAAGACGUUGUUGAUUUGUAGUCCAUUGCCUUCUGUGGGUCCAUAAAACGCUGCUCAGUCCCACCCAGUAGCAUGAUUCUGAAUGUGACGGGAUGUCUGAAGCCAAACCGGGCACCCGAUAUGUUCUGUUAUUAUGUUCUUAAUUACACAUUGGUAAUACUAGACUUACAGUUUCUAGCAUAAUUUCCACUGAUUACAUUUGUGUCUGGUGUAAAUAGUCUAGGCCAUAUAACCUAUUCACCAUUACUAAAGCACAGUCACAGAAUACAAAGUGUAAAGGUUGCUGCUAAUAACACAUUUUGUUUGUUUGUUUCUUUGUUUGCUUGCUUCACUGCAAUAAUCAAAAUAUUAUAGUAGCCUAUUUUUCAUAAUCAACGUGUGUUCAUAUAGCCAGCAAAUGUACAUCUCAAUAUUGUUUUAGAAAAUACCAAGAUCAUCAUGUAUAGGCCCAUUUUAUUUUGACAUUGAUAGUCGAUAAUCAGGGCAUGGAUAGAUUUUCUGUUAGGAAUACUCACAAGAAAUGUUUUACACAAGAGUUUGGAGAUUUGAUGUGUCAAAGAGGAAUAGUCCCACACUAUGAGAGCAACAAGGUUUUGUAUUUUCUCUUGAGGGAAGUGCAGUGUGUGCUGGGUCCAUUCUAUUGUAAUGUCAACCAACCAUGGAUGAAAACAAAAACAAAAGUAAUAA